UAAGGUGUUUGUUGACAAAAUCAUCAGCACGUUCAUUGUUUCAUUUGAUGAAAAACAAUUCAAAAGAAUUUUGAUAAAUUCAAACAAAAUCAAUGCAAUGGACAUGAUUUCCAAUUAUAAAAGUUUGGUUUCUAAUCUUGAACGUCAAGAAUUAAAUGCGGCCAUGAAUGGUCCUGCUUCUCCACAGAUCUAUGGACAAUUAUUGGCCAUCUAUUUGCUCAUCAAUGAUUUACCUAAUGCUAAACUUUUAUGGAAGCGUAUACCAAAUGAAAUCAAACAAAGUAAUCCUGAGAUACAGGCCGUUUGGAAUGUUGGUGUUAAAUUAUUUAAACGUGAAUUAUCCGAUAUUUAUUCUUUAGUUGACUCAGUUGAAUGGCCACUCCAUUUGAAAAACAUUAUGAAUUGCAUCAAAGAAGCAACUCGUAAUCGUAUGUUGAAUCUAAUUGGCAAAGCCUAUAGUUAUAUUCGCCUUGAUGAUGUUUCAUCGUUUCUUGGAUAUGAUGAAACGCAAACAAUCGAAAAAAUUCAUGCACUUGGUUGGCAAUAUGAUUGCGAGACUAGAUUUGUUACGCCGAAAAAGAUGCCAAACACUAUGGACGAUUCAUCUAAUUCAACAUUAGAUGAAUUAAUGAUCAAACUAACAGAAUUAGUAUCAUUUCUCGAAAAUUGAUUUUUGUAAAUAAAUUUUUUUAUUAUUAUGAAUAAAUCAAAAACGCCCAGAUCUCCUUCGACCUGUAUAUUUA